AUGAACAGCACAUUCUUGGUCCCAGGCUUUACCACGAUAAUAGAAAGCAAUAACAUCCUAUCGGAAUUCCUCAAGGAUAUCGAAGGAGACCAAAUUCCAAAUUCCAAUGAAUUUUCAUCUCCUUCUUUGUUUAGUGAAUCUUUCAUAUCCAAGAGCAAAAGUGUUAAGGGGCCAAAUGAAGUGACGAACCACGAAAAAAAAAAAAAUCAAAACACCCCAAAGAGUAUUAAACACUUGUCUAUACAUGCACACAGAGAAAUGAAAACAGGAUCAUCCCAGCACGGCAGGUUUGGCAAAUUCUGCUCUAAAGUCAAGGCAAACAUACUCUACAGGUUUCAUAAGGAGGAAGAAAGGGUGGAAGAAGACGAAAGUGAGCUGGUAAAGCCGGAAUUACAGCUGAUUGACUACACAAGUCCAGAUGCUUAUCAGAAAUUUAGCCUGAGGAGAAUGUACACGGUUGAAAGAGCCGUCUCGAGAAGACCAACCAGCAUGUUUUCCAGGCGGUUCUCAUCCAGGUCUGACAACCCUUUAUUUGGCAAUAUAAACCCAAUCAGCGGAUUAUCCGGCCAGGCAAACGGCAGAUAUUCAAUAAGUAGAGUUCCGGCAAGACAACUUAGCCAGAUUUCGAUAAGCUCGGUAAUCAUCCCUGGAACAAACGAAAUUCAGAUCAGGCGAGACUCGCUUCUCAGAGUGGAGAGAUGCCUAACACAAGCUUCACUUUUGAGGAUGAAUAGAGAACAGAGACACGAGACUACUGCUUUGGAAGAUGGGGAAACUUCAAGCAGUCCGUAUCUCUCAUCUUCAUCCUUGGAUCACCAGAGCAUGUUCACAGUAGAAGAACACUUUGUGGAGGAUGAAAUGGGAGAAAGAGCAAUGGAGAGAGAAGUGGGAGAAAGAGGAAUGGAAGGAGAAAUGGAAGAGGAAGAAGCAAACUUGGAAACUACACAGGACACAGCGGUAAAUGAACAAGAAACCACUUCGAGUGCAAACACAAACGCAAUUAGAGCUGGAAGUGGAAGCAAUAGUGACGGUAGCAGCACAUGUAGCAGUUCAUACUGUUCAAUUCUUCAGUCUCCAUUGUACAUGCUGAAAAGCAACAGUGAUGGAUGA